GCGGGCGCCCCGCCUCGAAAUGCUCGUUGCCGGUGGCAACGGCGGUCCUUUCCUCUGGCCUGGCAGGCGCGGCGCCGGAGCAGCAAGAUGGCCCUGAGCUCCUGGUCUAGAGAACGGGGGUUCAGCGAGAAGACGCUGCAGUCGGCCGCGGUCUCUACCGGCCCCUCGCUGGAGUUAUGCACCUUCCCCUCCACUCUGGGCUCUUCGGUCGCGGCCGCCGCGCUGGAGCAGCUCUUUGUUGUGGAACGAUCACUGCAAAGUGACUAUUUUAAAUGCAACGAAGAAGCUAGGACCUUUCUUAAGGACAUUGCUAUAGCUGUCAAGAAAUUGGAAGAAAUGAGAAAAGCCACAAUCGAUCUUCUGGAAAUUGAAAGUAUGAAAUUCAGCAGACUGUAUUUUCUAUUAGAAACUCUUCCCAGUGACAUUAGCGUAGAAUUAGAAGAAUAUGUCGGAGAUGCGCGCAGAUUAAAUAUUUUAGAGAUAAAGCAAUUACGAAUGAGUAUCACAAGGAUGAACAAUGAAAUAGAGUUUCUGAAGAAGCAAAUACUUGAUCUGAAAGAAAUGAAUAAAGCUCUGGGUGAAAAGCAAGAGGAGCUGGCGAAGCAGCAUGAAAAGCUUGUCCUGUCACUCAACCACAUAAUGGAAAAAAAAGCCACUAGCGCUGUUUACAUCAAUGAGACAUAUACCGAAAUAAACUUGAAGACAGAAGAAAUAAAAUUGCAAAAAAAAUGUGUUCAAGAUUUACAGGAGCAAAUAGAAAAAGAAAGAACAGAAUAUUUGAAAAGAAAAAAAAUGUUGAGUGAAGAAAUUAGUGAAUAUAAAAAACUCUGUGAAUUUAAGAGACAGGACACUUACCAAAAGAAGAAAGAAUUGGAUAAAUUAAAUCGCAAAGCUGCAAAAAUUAAAGAAACAGUUACUACCACCGCAGUGGUUCUUAGUGAUCAUAAUUUAGAGGUAGCACAACUACAAGAAUCAAUAAAACAUUGGGAACAGCAGAUCGAAGAAUUGAAGAUGUCCUGUAGUGUCCUGGAGGAUAAAAUACAAUUUUUUAAGAAGAACAAGGAAAAGCUGGAUGGUAUAUCUGAUAUUAAAAAAGAUGAAUUAUUGCAGAAGAUAAAGGAGAUGAUUGAAAAACUACACAAAGGUCAUUUAGAGAACAAAGAUCUACAGGAGAAAUUGCAGACUCUUAUCAGACAAUAUAAGAUUGUCUUUCAAGAGGAAAAUAAAAUUUCUCUCCAGAAAAAGAAAAUUUAUGAUGAAUAUCAGAAACAACUGACAUUAAUUGCUCAGAAAGAAAACUUCUUAUCACAAAGAAAAGUAGACAUCAAAAAUAUGGAAGAAGGAUUUGUCACACUUGAUGAACUUCGUCAAUCAACAAGGGAUGUCUAUCAGAAACAAAUAGGAAUCCUGAGUGAUAACCUGGAAAGAGAAAAACAGAGACGUACGAUAAAUCAGUGGAAGACAGCUUGUGCACGGAAAAAAUACACACGUUUGAUAGUCACCGUACAAUCUGAAUUACAAAAAAUAAUAGAUAAAAUUCAGGUCGCAGAAUUGAGACGCAUUAAAUUAUUACAAGAGACCAGUACUAGAGAAAAAGAGAUCAAUGAAUAUUUGGCGCAGAUUGAAGAAAUUACAUUAGAAUUAAAACAAAAGGGGGAAAAAUUUAUCAUCAAAGAAAAACAGUUAAUUCAAGAGUUGCAAAGUUAUGAGCAAAGAUAUGUUAAGGAAAUGGAAAGUGCCAAAGGAAAGGAAGAGGAACUAGUCAAGUAUCUUCCACAACUUCAGGUGGCAGAAGAAGCGUAUAAGAGCAAAAACAGACAGGCUGAAGAACUCAGUAAUAUUGUCUCAGCACAAAAGCAGGAUCAGAAUUUACUGAACAAUCUCAUUUUUCAAAUGACAAGAGACUUUUCAAAAUACUUUAACAAUGUGGGUAAACUAAAGCAAGAAUUAAAACAAUUACGAGAUCAAGAAAGCUGUAAUUUGAAAAGUCAUUGUGAAACUCUAAAGAACUUAGAAAAUGAAAUCUACGUGCAUGACCUACAAGCAGAAGCUUUGCUCCUGGAAAAUAAAAGGUUAAAAGAAGGUAUUGCAUACCUGAAGAACAGGACAGAGCAAUACACACAGGGAGAAGAAGUCAUCACGCACAUCUUAAGUGAUCUGUCUUGGCACCUGAUAGCUCAUCAGACACAAUAUGUGGAUUUGUGGGCUAAAUUUCAGACCACCUUAAAGGAAUUCAUAUGCGAUGGUGAAGAGACCUUGCAAGAAAUAAAAAAUCUAAUAGACAAGCUGUAUGAAAGAGAUGAAAAAAUUGAAUAUAUCAGUAUUUGGUUACAAGGGAAUCUUGCAGAGCUGCGUUUUCUUGUAGAGCAGGAACCUGCUAUGAACCUUCCCGAAAAGAAGAACAAACUUAUCAAAAAAGUCCAUUUCCCAAUGGUUAAAUGUACCGUGAAAAACACAUUAACAAAGAAAAACUAACCUAAUUUCAAGGAUACAACUGCUGUGAAUUCAAGAGGCAUAACCAAAACUACAGAAAAAGUGAGUGCUUUCAUAAUUUACAACUGUCAGUAAGUCUUAAACUUUGAGAUUUAACAAACUCGUGCAACCCUCACCAAUAGCAAUAUCAGUAAAUAACCUUCUAAACAAUACAAAUGGGUAAACAUGGUCAUAUUAUCAGGUUAAGUGCAAAAAAUCUUAUCUUGCUUCCAUGGUUGCAACCCUAAGUCUCUUGAACUCUUCAGAGCAUAACAAUCAAGCAGCACACCUAUCAACAAAUGUUUACAUGCUGUAUAUAUUCUGUAUUUUGUUAAACCUAAGAAGCCAUCAACUGUAAGAUGCAGCCUAAUUCAGAGAUGUCACAAUGUGAAAAAAUGUGUCUCAGGAUCAAAAGUACAUAGCAUGUGUAUGUAUCCUUAAAAAAAUGAGAUGUAAAAGGGAAUAUGUGAGUACAUGUAUUGAUUCAUUUGAUAAAAAGACACUAAUCUUACUACAUCAUAUUUUGAGUUUCCACAAUUAGUGUGGCAAAAUACAAAUGUCAGAACAUUUGAGACUUUUUGUAGUUAAGCUUCUCGUUAUUGUUUUUCUUUACAGGAACAGGAAUAAUCUGAAGGUAUUUUCAACCAAACUACCGGUAAACAGAAAACCUGUUAUAUAUAAAUUAUGCUCUAUUUUGGUAAUAGAUCAAAAUACUGUGUUGGUGAAAAUAAAUAGGUAACAAAAAACAUACUUUAUUUCCAUGUUUGCUAUCAGACCCCACAUGUGUUUAUAAUGCAGUAUACUUGAGAAACAAACUGAAACCCAACGGUGCCAAUGAGAAGGAUUUCAGAUUAUACUUGUUAGUUUUUCUUAACAAAAAUGGAAACAACACACUGCUAGGUACACAGAAACAUGAUUUUGCUCUAAAGAAUGAAUUGUUGUGAGAGCCAAGUGCUUCCUAACAGGUUUCUAGUGUCAUAUAAUAGUGUACUAUAAGUGUAUCGUGUAUUAGACUAUGUAAAAGUAUUAUUUUGUAUUUUCCAAGUCUAACCAUAAA